AUUGAUGAUGCUCAUUACAUUCCUACCAUUGCGUGGUUGUUACUCGGGCAGUCAACUCAAUGGCUAAGUUAGUCCGACACCAUCGUUUGUUGGGGCAUCAAUUACGACAUGUACACCAUAAGCUGAAUGCUUCUACUAUAAAUCUGGAUGUAGAGAAAAAAUCAUUCCAGGCUGUCCUACCAGAAGUUAUUGACUGCGCUAUCACUAGGCCUAAGAUAAAAGAGUUGCCUGAAGUCCAAACAUGGUUGAAGCAGCUUUUAGAAUAUACGUUAGUUGGAGGGAAACUGGGCAGAGGACUAAUGGUGCCCAUGGGAUACAAAGGAUUCGAGGAACCUGAACAUUUCUCAGAGGAAACUCUGCACUCUGCGCGUGUUAUAGGCUGGUGUAUAGAAAUGCUGCAUUCAACGUUUUUAAUACUGGAUGACGUCAUGGAUGGCGGUAAAGUGCGGCAUGGUAAGCCUAGUUGGCACCUGCAUCGAAGUGUCAGUGUGUACGCUGUCAAUGACGCGAUGAUGAUACAGCAAGCCAUGAGGGAUGUACUGGAUGUAUACUUCAGGAAUUCGCCCAUUUAUAAUGACUUGAUUAGUUAUUUUAAUGAGGCAAUCUAUCGAGCUACAAUGGGCGAGCAUUUAGAUCUAUGUUCAAACUAUAACAAGGAAAUUGACAAUAUGGAAAUAUUUAACGUGAGCCGCGUCGAUGACAUUGCUAUCAACAAGUCCUCGUUCUACACAUUCAAGUUGCCAAUAUUUGUCGCACUGUUUCUCGUGAACAAUGGGCAAAACAUGGCUACCACAGAACUGCAUCAGUUUUGUAUAGAAUUAGGAAGACUGAUGCAAGUCCAGGAUGAUUACAUGGACGCAUACGGCUGUGUAACAGUGACGGGCAAAAAUGGUAGAGAUAUCCAAGAAGGCAAGAGCACCUGGCUUGCAGUCACAGCGCUGCAGCGCUGUAACUCGGCUCAACGUUCCAUCUUCAAAGAAUACUACGGCAGCAAUGACUUGGAACAUGUGCAGCGCAUCAAGCAGCUUUAUGAUGAAUUGAACCUGCCUGAAGUGUAUGAACAAUAUGAGCUCAAAAUGUAUGAAGGUUUAAUGCGUCGAAUAAACGAGGUACCCCACGCAGGUGGGAGGAAUUAUCUCUUAGCAAUUUUAAAUUUUUGUUUUAAACGAGUUAGUUAAUAAAAUUACGUAUAAUGA